CAGCUGCCCGCUACGCUCGACUACAUUACCUCCUCCUUUGAUCGCGCGCUUGACAGGACACUUCCCUCCGUAAAGACGUGCUCGCGCACUAAGGCAGUCUGCGCUCCUGCGAGACCCCGAAAGUGCGUGCCGGCCUUCUUCUAUGCUGGAGCGGUACAGCCGGAUGCGUGGAUUACCGCUGCCUCCUCCCUGCCAUCGAUCCUGUCUAGUAGGCGUCAUUUUAGCACGCGCUGCCCAGUCCAGCCCAACCGCACCAACCAAGGAAAGCUAGUUCUGCUGUACCUGUUUCCAACAUCACUCUUAUCAUCACCAGCAGCAUCAUCAACACCACGACAUGUCUUUGGCGGCAGGCCCGGGUCGAGGCGGCGGCGCAGCAGCGCAGCUCCCGGAUGAGCUCCAGCUCGUUGUGGACAAGCACGUAUCGUACAUUCAAAGCCUCGACAGUCGCAGAGAUGAGCUCGAAUACCACCUCACCGAACACUUACGCAUCAGCGGCAUCUACUGGGGGCUGGCAUCAUUGCACCUACUUGGCCAUCCCGACGCACUACCUCGAGAGGGCUUGCUGGAAUAUGUCUUAAGCUGUCUACACGACAACGGAGGCUUUGGCGCAGCACCAGGGCAUGAUCCUCACAUGCUCUACACCGUCUCUGCUGUGCAAAUACUGGCUAUGAUUGAUGGCUUCAAAGAGCUUGAACAGAAGAUACCGAAUGGCAAGAUGAAGAUAGCAAAGUACAUGGCACAGCUGCAGCAGGCAAAUGGCACCUUUGCCGGAGACAGAUGGGGCGAGACUGAUUCACGUUUCCUCUACGCAGCUCUCAAUGCGCUCUCGCUGCUCGGUAUGCUUCCACAUCAACGACCGGAAGAGCCCCCCUUGAUCGACUUGAAUGCCGCCACAGAGUAUGUCAAGGCGUGUCAGAACUUCGAUGGUGGCUUUGGAGUCGCCCCAGGCGCGGAAUCGCACUCGGGGCAAGUGUUCACAUGCCUGGGGGCUUUGGCUAUCGCUGGCGAGGUCGACGCCUAUCUUGGUGAAGAGGGUAAAGAUCGUCUGGGCGCAUGGCUUUCCGAGCGCCAGUUGCCAAGUGGCGGUCUGAAUGGCAGACCAGAGAAGCUCGUAGAUGUGUGCUACAGUUGGUGGGUACUAACGAGUUUGGCCAUGAUUGACCGUCUGCACUGGAUCGACAAAGACAAGCUCAUAAAGUUCAUCCUGCAAUGUCAGGACCCCGACCAAGGCGGCUUUGCUGACAGGCCCGGGGAUAUGGUUGAUGUCUUCCACACUUGUUUCGGAACAGCGGGUCUCAGCUUGCUCGGGCAUCCCGGUCUAUUGGAGGUUGAUCCCGCUUACUGUAUGCCGAAACACAUUACCAACAGAGUUCUUGGACGUACGCCAUAAAGCUUAUGUCAACUUCUCAUCUUGGUUCAAGGAACUGGUACAGGAACGAAAGAGGUCCAUAUCGUGUACUUUCCGCUGCUACUUGACUCACCCACCUCGAGUCAUAAUACUCCGGCUCUCUUCGUGAUCCGCAUUGCUAGCUUGCGGACUUCGCACCUUGCACAAAGAAACGCGGUUCUUGAGCUUGUGGCUCUAUGGAAUUUGCCUGAAUUUGUGCACAGCGUAGACUUCAGAUCAGAACAAAGGCGUCCAAUUCUAUACAAGGAAGGAUGCUGCUAUCAAGAUUUCAUUGUCUAGUCCUUGUUAAGGCACUGAAGUUCUCCACUAAGACCUGGCAAACUCUUGAAACACCUCUUGCAAUCUAAUAACCCGUGCUGAGCUUUCAUGAGGCCGGGCUACAAUGUGAGAGGAGAUAGACGUUAAGCUUCAGACAAUUGGCCUUUGCGUUUCCAGAGCUGCGUAAAUGCUACAAUAGCUUAUAACAUAAAGAUGUCUGCCGACUGCCGGUAGUAGCUCUCGUACACAGACGUUCUGAUAUCCACUGACGCUAUAGCUAUUUCUAGGGUAACGUCCGAAGCUGAACUAAUCCGAUAUCUAGACGGCAAAUGCAUAACCAGCACGACUUGAACUGCGAUCGAUCUUUCUGCUUUCUGGUAUUGUUACAGCACGUGGACGAUUCUGAUCUCUUAAAGCUACGGCUACCGUAAUAAUUCGUAAAGCACUGCGGAUGUCUUCAAAAACCUCUAAAGAAGUAGCGAUAAAGUAUUGUCUUGACCCGAAUGCACAGUCGGGGUUGAUCUAUUUGAGCUCAACCUCUCUGUAGUACGUAAGUCUCCCUGUUUCCUCGGUUCUCCCAGUUGAUUGCAAAACCGGUACGGCGGUACCUACCUUACAAGUAGGCAGCGCUAUUAUCCACACGCACGUGUAUUGUCGUUGCUGCUUCACCUCAGUUCAACCUCUUCUCUUGUUGGCACGUGGCUCUCCUAUACAUUACGGCUAUCUCCGCUGAAGACCGCAUACGCAAGUGCUACAGUACCUGAGGUAUUGAGGAGGGAGCACACCUCACCAAGUGAAGAGACGUAACUUUGUUAGCGUGAAUGUUAGGCGAGGCGCUAGCGUGCUCCAAUGCGAACGAAAUGGUGUUUCCGCUGCGAGUUCGGUGUUCACAACUUCCACUUUCAAAAUCUACGAACACACACACGGCAAGCACAGCAAAACUGUCAGGUGCAGCAACACAUCGGACAACACAAAUACUCCUUCCCAACGAGCGCAAUCAACAAUAGCAGUCGUCGCCUGCACGGGCUGCUACCGUCCUCCUGUCCUUACAACUCGUCUCUCCCCUCCUCGACGUCCACUUCACUACCAACUCCUUCUUUUCGAUCUCUACUCGUUCGUCCCUCCUUUUGGAUUUGCCGUCUUGAGCGUUCAGAGCAUACUCAUUAGCUGCUUCCAGCACGCAAUAAUCGACCACGACACUUCGUCGCCGCCGCCGCCGCCACCGCCGCCGUCACUCCUUCGCCAGCGAUAGUAGCAAGAGCUCCAGAGCCCGCCCGCUCGCCCACUACACUCGAUACGCCCACUCGGUAGACCCACUCAGGUCACCGAAAUUCGCAGAUCGGCUGCCGAUUGCUGCCUCGCAUGAACUUGCUACAAGGGGAUCCUGCACAACUUAUUCCCCAAGAUAUUCCCCUCAGUUGCAAUGUUUGCCCACGACGGCCGGACUUCUCCGAUAUCAGCCAUCUCCUUACCCACAUCCAGAGCAAAGGCCACCUCGCUGCGUACUACAAGCUCCAAGUCCAGGCUGGCACAGAUGCCGAAGCGCAGGACACUGUGGACACCUACGAGCAGUGGUACGCCGAUUAUGGCUUGGAAGACUUAAUGAGAGAGCGUAUGAGCCAGAAGGAUAAGAAGAAGGCCAGAGUUGGAAGCACAUCUCGUCGAUCAACUCCGAAUACAAACUCCACACGGAACACUCCUGUCCCAAGAAGCUCCCGAAAUGUCCGUCGACCAUCAGGACGAAGCCUGCUUGACCCACAGCUCAACCGUAGAGGUCCUGCGUCGACAUCCUACUCAGCCACACCGCUGUCUUAUUUCGAUCCCGCCAACUUCCAUCGCGCCUUGGCACCGACGCAGGCGAGUUGGGGUCACGGAUCAUACCUCAGCAACUCACCCAGUACGGUUAAGCAAGAAAGCGUAAGCAGCUUCGAGGACGACGACGACGACGACUCUUUUCUAUCAGCCCCGAAGCGAGCACUACGCCGACGCGUUGAUAAUAGUGUUACUAUUCUACCGGUUUUCGACGAGGCGUCCGAAUAUGGCGGCGAAGAUGUCGAGCUUGAAAAUGAUAACGCCAAGCUGAAGGGCAUCUUCUGGAAAGGCAUGGGCCUUUUCGACUCUGCAACGCCAGACAUGAAGCGUCGACGUAAUCAGAAGAAGGAGGCAUGGGUCUUACAAGCACUGAAGGACACCAGUCAGAAUGUCUAUCCCACCGAGUGCAUCUACGACUCUGCUGGCGCCCUUCGCAAGACGCGCAUUAUCGACGGUCUUCCACCUUCAGACGAUAGUUUGAUCGAGGGCGAGUCAGAGCCAGAGCCAGAACAGCAAGACAAGAAACGUCCACGCCGUAAGGCUCGCCAGCCUCUUGUCAAGAAGGAGCCUAAUACAGGCCGGGUCACUCGUAGCAGCCAGAUUACCGCUCCUUUGUAUACCCGUACGAACAGAGGUCUCUACUACGAGGGUCCCGAAGAUGAGGACGACAAUCUUACCUACCAAGCACGCCCGAACAAGCGUCGUACCGGCCUCAGCAUCCAUCGGGACAAUACCGGGCCCGAGAUCACAUUCUCUCAGCCGGCAUCGAUGACCUACCUUACCUCUGGCUACAACUCGGCCCGUGGUAACGUUCAGAACCCUAUCCCGAUGUUCGAAUCCUCUCUUCCACAACGUCUGCCUGCAGGUCAGCCCUCCUGGAGCCAGAACGCUCCGUUCCGGCCCUCUUCUCAUGGCGGACACCAGCAAACAUAUCCCACUUUCAAUUCGAUGUUUCCCGCUGCCAACCAGGGUACCAACCACGCAUUUGGGACCUAUGGCCAGAACUUCGGGACUGGCGCUGCGACAAUGCCAUACAAUAGCAGCUCGAUCUUCCCAGCUUCUGCGGGCGCAAACCUGGAAUGGGGGAUGUUCGACAACCUUCAUGAGACUUUUCCGGACCAAGUCGAUAGUGUUAUCGGUGACGCAGACCUUGGGUUCAACAUGGGUGUUACAGAUGGCACCUCGACGAAUCCGCUUUUCCUUUCGGAUGUGAAGCCGAUUAUCGAGGACGAUGAGGGAACUAUCUCCGCUCUCAGUGAGCACUGAGCCGCUCUUACGUAGCUGAAUUAGGCAAAAAGUUUUGUAUAUAUUAUAGAGACUCGACAUUCUCAACUUCACUUCUCUUAAGUAUAGGUACUUCGAAGAACUUAGUAGUAACCG